AUGCGAAACCCAGGCCCGCGCCGGGGGCACGCGCCGCAGAUAUCCAUCAGCGAUGACAGCCACCACGUCACCGAGGCCAUAGGCGACAUGUACGGCGGCGACAGCGACACCGACGCCCCCAACCGCCGCAGCCUCCGACCCCUAAGCUUCGUCCCCAGCCCCAACGGCGACUCGAUCCAGUCCUUUGGCGCCUUCGAGGCCUUCGACCCCUUCCCCAACGCGCCCCCCGCGAGGUCCCCGCUGCGUCCCCAGAUGUCCUUCGAGAAGCCCCAAACGCCCACGAGCCCCAAUGGCACCGCCAACAUGGCCCAGAAGCGGGCCUCGGUCGCCCGGCACCCGUCCAACGGCGGCCAGAUGUCCCCGCCGCUGUCCCGCUCGAAUUCGAACACGGCGUCGCACCAGUUCCCGCUGAACAACCUCGACUACGAGAACAGCCCGGCGGGCCUCGCCCAGGAGCUGAGCAACCUGCAGGCGAUACGGAGGAUGUCCAUGGGCGUUAACAAUGCCGAUCCCGAUCUGCCUUCGUUCCAGUCCGCAAACUCACCGCCCUCCCCACCGGCCAUGUCGGAAGAGGACGAGUCGAAACUCUUCUGGGUACCCGCACGCCUGCACCCCGAACUGGCGCCCAUGGAGUUCAAGACGUUCAUCGAAGACAAGAUUGACAGGACGAGACGACGCUCCGGAGACUCGGACUCGCUAUCUCCGGAUGGCGCCAUGGGGCGUCAGGGCUCGGGUGGAGGGCUGCGGCGGAAGAAGUCCAUGCUGUCCAGGCAGAUUGAUACUGGCUCUGGCUACAAGGACGGCGCCGAGAGGCUGGAGAGGAAGCGAUCUGGCGCGCAGCCCAACGGGGGCUUGUCGAACCUUCAGGAGCUCGAGCACAUACAGGAGGAUCCGGUGGCCUUGAUAAGACGGAUGAGCAUCGAUCAAAAGGGCAUGGCUGGGGAAGGGGAAGAGGGCGCUGACGGGAUGCCCAUUGUGCCGGGUAGCAAGAUGCGUGGUCUGGGCACGCUCAAGAGAUCAACACACACUACGUACAGACGAGGCAGUCUGCGGAAAGGCGGCCCGCCCCUCUCACGGCGACUCGUCUCUGGUCGACAAGGAGACACCGACACGGAAGAUUCCCCGUCCACCUCGCCCGUCCACUCUACCGAGAGCAUACCCGAAGUCCCUCCUCUCCCAGGUCUCAACCGCGUUCAGUCGGAACCCGUUAACUCGGCGUUUGAAGGAUCGUCCAACAACUUCUCGCGGCCUGGGGCAAAGCGGGCAUCUCCCAGCUAUGGCGGCGAGAGACCAGGUUCAUCUGAAGAAUACCCCAGGUCAGCUUCUACUGAGCCCAUAUCCCAACAGGAACGAAGCUCGCCGCAGCCCAGGCAGUUCCACUCGAGAAUCGCCUCCAACGGCCGCACGACUGCACCUUUGCCCGGCUAUACACCUCCGCCGCAGCAGGUACCCCAGAUCAUCGAGACACCACCGCCACAAGAACAGAACCGAACACCUCAGUUUCAGCUACCCGAACGUCACUCCUCCCGCCAACCUCCGCCUCAAGCCCAGCAACAACCUGCAGGCCCUCGCCAUUAUCCUCAGCCCCAGCAGCAACCCCCACAGCAACAGCGCCAGCCCCAGUCGUCGAGUCGACCGAACCGUCAUGCACAAGCUGCUCAGUCGUCCCCGAUCAAGCCCGCGCAAUCCUUCGAUGAUCUAGUAGCGCAUCCUUCGGCGAUGCCCGGCCAGAACAACAGGGUCGAUUCGCUGUCCAUAAUCCCGAACGCGCCAGAAGAGAAGAAGCUCGAACCGAAGGCCAAAGAUAAAAAGGACAAGGAUGGCUCUGAAGGCGGCCAAAGGAAGACGAGCUGGGGUUGGUUUGGUGGUGACAAGGAGAAGGAAAAAGACAAGAAGUCAAAAGACAAAGACUCGGAAAAAGAAGCCCCGAAGAAGGUCAAGAACAAGCUCAGCAAGUCCCAGGAGAAGGAGAAGGACAAGGGCCAUGAUGAUACGAGACUGGACCUCCUGCAGACAUCGAUACAGGGCGGCGGUCGUGGUCGCGAGAGCGUAGUGCUGGAUCGCGAAAGCGUCAAGCUGGAAGAAGAGCGGAAGAAGGAGAGCGCUAGAAAAACAUCCAGCGAAGGCAAGAAAGAGAAGGAGCCUGGACUGCUGUCCUCCAUCUUCGGAGGAGGAAAGAAAAAGGGCGAGAAAGAGUCGUCCCACAAGAAGAACGCCUCACGUGGAUUAUCGCCCGAGCCCCCGCCACGCAUCUUAAAGCCCGAUAUCGACUACAACUGGACCCGAUUCUCGAUCCUGGAAGAACGCGCGAUUUACCGCAUGGCCCACAUCAAGCUUGCGAACCCCCGCCGCGAACUCUACUCCCAAGUCUUGCUGUCCAACUUCAUGUACUCGUACCUCGCCAAGGUCCAGCAAAUGCACCCGCAGAUUUCCAUCGGCAACUCCAAGCAAGCAAAGCAAGCUCAACAGGCUCAGCAGCAGCAACAAGCCGCGCAGCAGAAGAAGGAGCAGCAACAGCAGCAGCAACAUCAGCAGCAGACCGCUCAACAAUCUCAGCAGCAGGUUCAGCAGCAGCAACCGCAGCAACAUCAGCAGCAACAGUCGCAGCCUGAGGAGUUUGCUCAGUAUCAGCGGUACCAGCAGCAACAGCAACAGCACGAACAGCAAUCAUCAUCCGAAAAGUCCUCACAAGAAUGGCCCUCUGUACACCAACAACAAGCCAACGGCGGUCUUCACCAACAACAAAACGGCCAACAUCAGCACCAACAACACCAGCAAUCACAACAACAACAUGCAAGAGGCGGAUCUCAGCAGGGUAAUUCUUAUAACCAGAACCCGCGCGAUUCGCAUCACUCGAAUCAUAGUGCGAAUGGCGGCGGUGGUGGUGGAGGUGGAUAUAGUGUAGCGAAUACGCAGAAUUAUCUGGGGCAAUCUGGUAAAGGGGGUGGGGGUGGUGGUAUGGGUGGGGGUGGGGGAGGUACCGACUCCAGCAUGGCUAAGACUAGGCGAAGCCAACCCGGCAAGAAACAUCAAGACGACGAUCAGCAGCCCAAGGAACCACCUGUCACGCCAGCUCCGUCCGAUGCGAACAUAGAGCCAGAUACAAGCGAAAUAUCAGACGUGCUCUCAAACUUAGAUCAAGAGUUGGAGGAUGAUCUUUGGGGUUUUCUUGAUGAAGAGGUUGAAGCAGGAAAGCAAGGAGAUGAGGAAGUGGUUGAAGAGGGGGACGGUGUUGAAGAGGUACCGGAGCAAGCCGGCGACGAUAUGGAGAUUGACCAGGACGACGACGACGAUGACAGCGGAGGAGAGACCAAACGAGACCUACUCGACGAGAUCAAGAACAACUGGGAUAUUACUAGUCUACGGAGUAUCAUGGAGCUGGGGCUCGACAAGGUUAGAAACAAACAGCUCAAGGAUACGUGGCUCUCCGGUGAAACCGACCUCGCCGACGAAGAAUGGGACAAGAUUACCCUACGCCUUUUCCGAGACCUAUCGCGAAUAACACGGAAUAACUUCGACAAAGCCAGGUCACUACUGGAUGAGUGGCUCCGUUACAGAAAGCAUGACAAGGACGGAAAAAGAACAGGAUUAGAGAGGGUCAUAAAAGAAUCUAAGUUGCGUAACGAUCUGAGGGAAAUCAUCUACGAUUUGCAGAUGAAACGGGAAGCACGAGAUAAGAAUGACAAAGAGCCGGGUAAACCAAAGAAGAAGGACGCGAAAACGGAUGACUCUUCCGACGUGGAUCUCGAUGACGGCUUGUAUAAUCUGGAAGUAGAUCUACCUCCCGCGAAGAAGGGGAAGAAGGGAUCAGGGCGAAAGGACAGCAGCAAGACACCAGGCGGUAACAGUGUGGAUCGUUCGGGAUCACGACAAGACAGCGGAGAUGACUCUGGCUCAGGCCCCGAUGAGAUACCUCCGAAGGGCCCCCGCAAAGAGAAGAACGCAGAGGCCGGUGUGAAAGUCAAGAAGAAGCCAGCUCAAGCGAAGAAGAAUGCACAGGCAAGAGCAAACGCUGCUGAGCCAGAAGCCGCCGACAACGCAAAUCCUGCCAACGAGCCUCCUCCUGUCAUCAUAAUACAAAACGAAGAGCAGAGAAACGCCGCAAUCGAAUACAUAUACCUCAUCUGGGGCCCCGACUCGCUUUUAUAUGUCUUGCCAGAUGCUCUGCGCCCAGUAGGAGUAUCCAAGGAUCAAGACCUGGCUUUUGAGAUCGUCGCGGCUCUGCGCAAUCUCUCCAAUGUUAUACGUACGCCAGAUGAACUUGCUGCCUUCAGACAAGACCUGGAAGAUCAGGUGGCGGGAGAUGCCACGUUCACUACCGACGAUAUCGUGGCGCACAUUGCGAGAGUUGGCGAGCCUUAUUACCAUGCAGCGCGAGCAGCUGACGAGAUUCCGAGGCAUCCGGCUGUUGAGCCCGUUGCUGAUCAGCUGCAGAUAGAGGAACCAACUACACGCAGGUCGCCGCGUAACCACAACGCUUCCGCAAUCCCUCCAGCGGGUGGUCAGCAAGCUGCUGCUGCUCCUGCCUUAGAUUUAUUAGCAACAGCAGCGGCUGGCAGACUUAGAGAAAUUGUGACGACACCGCAGCCUCCACGGCCUGUUAUCCCCAGAGUACCCCAGCCUGCAUCAGGAGCAUCAGCGGCUACCCAAGGUCAAAACGUGGCUAAAUCCAACAACGGGAACGAAGGUACAGCUCAACAGUCUGAGAAGCCCACCACGCAAGAAGCAGCUGGGUCUGUGGACGCGACUGGUCAGUCGUCAAGCGCAGUUAACUCCUCGGGCCCAGUUCAACCUCAGCAACCUCCACCACAGCCUGCUGAGCAGCGAUCCUCACGCCCCAAUGCCGCCAUACGCGACAACGGCUCAGGGUUCAGAUUGGUAUCAGCUCUAGGCGCAGGACCAGCCGGCCAGAAGCCAGCCAAGCGAAAGCCGAGUAUCGUGGUGGAGGAGGACGAUGACGACUUGGCCUCGUUGGAAGAAGACGAAGACGACACAAACCACAGGCCGACCAAGAAGCCAAAGAAGAAUGGCAAGCAACCAGCUAAACAAUGUGAUACCAUCGCAAGACCAAGAACCGGAGAAGCCUCAGUCGCCAACCGAAACUCAAGAGCAGAAGAUUCGUCCGAGCUAGAGGGCCUUAUAGCACAGGCAAGAGAAGAUGAUGCAGACGACGAAGACCGCGUUCAACCUCCUGCCACGGAAGCAGAGCUGCGGCGCGCGUUGAACACCUUGGAUAUCAGGGAUGCGGAUAUAUUGGUGCUUCAAUACAGGCGCAGGAUAGCGUAUCUCCGUAGUAUCGGUGCGUCUACUCCGGCAGACGCGUUGCAGUUGCGUGCCGCGAUCGGACUGCGAGAACGUGUUGUGGCGGCUGGGGAUGUUGAUCGUGUGAGGGAGAGUUUACAGGAGCGACGGGAGAGAGGUGAGGUGGCUGCGAAGGUGGCGGAUGGGCAUAGACUUCUGAUAGAGGUUCUGGAUGAAGGGGCUGGGGCAGAGCAAGCUGGAGGUAGAGAGGACAGACAAGGUCAACAAGGGGACGAUGUCGAGGGCGGUGGAGAAACGAGAGACGGACGCAGCAACGAAGACGAGAUCGGUGAAGGCCGUAAGAAUGACGAUGGAGACGACAUGGAAGAAGAACCAGUAGAGUGA